GUGAACAUGUUACUGCUGACAUCUCUUAUGGUCUCACUGGUUUGGUCUUAUGGAUUUGCUCAAGAAAUUCCUCAGCAGAGCCCUAUAUCUAUCACCAAGUCCCGAAAAAGUGCACGCAUGAGCUGCAAAAUUACUACAUUACUGGAAAGUUUUGAUAGCACUGUCAUACACUGGUAUCAACAGAAGGACGGGAACCCCCCAAAGAGGCUACUGUACUUUUCACAGGGGAAGACUUUUGUUGAAAGUGGCUUUCAAGAGGAUAGGUACCUGGCUGAGAAAGUUUCUGGCCAAGAUCGGUGUGUGCUUACAAUAAAAGAUGUAACCCCAGAUGAUGCUGCCACUUACUACUGUGCCUACUGGUGGUGGUAUGCUGAUGUAAAAGUAUUUGGAAGUGGAACCAAGCUGAUUGUUUCAGACAAGGGCUAUUCCCCACCAAAAAACCAUGAAGUCCUGAGUAGUGAAAACGAAAAUAAGCUGACGUAUGUUUGCCUUGUCGAGAAAUUCUAUCCAGAAGUUAUUCGAGUGACAUGGACCGAUGGAAAAAAAGAAGUAACAGACAACGUAGAAAAAGGAGAAAUCUGGAAAUCUGCAGAUGAUGGCCAAUACUCUAUUGGAAGCUGGUUAACGGUAUCAAAGGAGAACAAAAACAAGAAAUAUUCUUGCAAAUAUGAGCAUGAAAGUGGAACACAUUCAUUUGACACUUUCAAAGAAGAUCUUACAACGACUGCAGAGAAUGAGGACUGCAAUGCAGGAAACAGUACCAUUUUUUCUGGAGAUCACUUAAUACACAGGACGGCGUAUUUAGUGUACAUAGUCCUGCUUCUGAAAAGCUUCAUGUAUUACGUGAUCGUACUCUUCUUCAUAUACAGAAUGAGAACUCCAGCUAAGCAACAUGGGAAGAAAACAUGAGAGAAUGAUUUUGUAAAUCUUUGCUAAAACAGCAAUUAUGGUUUUUUUUUUUCUAUAAGCUUGUUAAGUUUGCUUUGCUAUGGAUCCCCUUGCUCCUAGUGCUGCAUUUAACAACAAAACAAAAAC